GAGGGGCCGGCCGGCGGGGCGGGUCCCCCUCGGCAGCGCGGCCGCCGCCGCCGCCGCCCCCCGCGCCCGGCUCUCGCCGCUCGGUUUUUCCGCCCCCGCCUGGGCUGGUCGGGGCGGGCGGUGUCCGGCGGGAUGUGGCGGGGGCUGGCGGUGCUGGCCCUGGCCGGGCUGCUGGUGCUGGGGCGGGCGCCGGCGGGGCGGUCGGCGGCCUGCGAGCCGGUGCGCAUCCCGCUGUGCAAGCCGCUGCCCUGGAACAUGACCAAGAUGCCCAACCACCUGCACCACAGCACGCAGGCCAACGCCGUGCUGGCGAUGGAGCAGUUCGAGGGGCUGCUGGGCACCAACUGCAGCCCCGACCUCCUCUUCUUCCUCUGUGCCAUGUACGCGCCCAUCUGCACCAUCGACUUCCAGCAUGAGCCCAUCAAGCCCUGCAAGUCGGUCUGCGAGCGGGCCCGCGCCGGCUGCGAGCCCGUCCUGAUCCGCUACCGCCACGCCUGGCCCGAGAGCCUGGCCUGCGACGAGCUGCCGCUCUACGACCGGGGCGUCUGCAUCUCCCCCGAGGCCAUCGUCACCGCCGAGGGCUCCGAUUUCCCUAUGGAUUCUAAUAAUGGCAACUGUAGAGGUGCUGGCAUCGAGCGCUGCAAAUGCAAGCCUGUCAAAGCCACCCAGAAGACCUAUCUGCGCAACAACUAUAACUACGUCAUUCGGGCUAAAGUCAAGGAGGUGAAGACCAAAUGCCAUGAUGUCACUGCAGUUGUGGAAGUAAAGGAGAUCCUAAAAUCUUCUCUGGUGAACAUCCCAAAGGAUACUGUCAACCUUCACACGAACUCUGGCUGCCUGUGCCCCCCGCUCAGCGCCAACGAGGAGUACAUCAUUAUGGGCUAUGAAGAUGAGGAGCGCUCCAGGUUACUCUUGGUGGAAGGCUCCAUAGCUGAGAAGUGGAAGGAUCGUCUUGGUAAAAAAGUAAAGCGCUGGGAUCAGAAGCUCCGACACCUUGGGAAGGGGAAGGGGGAGCCCGGACACAGCGACCUGGCUCCGAAGCCCGGCAGAGCCAGCAGUGCCCGACAAGCACGGAGUUAGAUGUGGGAUGCCCUAGGUUGACAUGCAGUGGACUAUCUACCAAGACUUCCUUGUUGAAGCAGCAGAGGAGAAAUUGCACUAUUGCACGUUAUAUUCUAUUGUUUACUACAAAAUAAUGUUUUAGCUUAUAUUAGUUUUUAUUCUCCCUCUUGUUUUCUGCCUUUUUUUUUUUUUGGAUGUGUGCAAACUCUGGAAAUACCUUUUUUUUUUUCUUUUACUGAGAAUUGUAGAAAACUGCCCUGACGAGGUGGGGAAAGAUAAGGACAUGCUGAAUUUACCCUUUUGUCUUCUGAAUCUUCUUAGGGAAAAAAUUCUGGUGCAGGCAGGAAUGAGAUCUGGCGAAGACUGUUGCUUACAGUCAUGACUCUCACUGGCUUCCUCCUCUCACUUUUCUGGUCACUGUUUGCUGGAACUCAGCAUGUUGGGGGGAGGCUGUUGAUGGGUUCUGAAGUGUUUAGUUGUUGGUUUUUUUUAUUCUGAAAUAUAUAAAGAAACAAUCUUCAGAGAACUGUUUUAAUCAGUACACCUUUGUUAAGUUUUCUUACUCAUAAAUAAACCACUUGUGUAAGCCGAA